UCACCGUCCUCUUUAACGUCAACAUCGCCCUCUCCUCUUCUCCAUCUUGCUUCCUCGUCGUCACAUCCUCAGGCAGUGCUCAAUACCAACAAGCGAACUGUACUGUGGGAAAAGUACUAGACAGCAAACAUGGUAUCCAACCUUCCGCCCUUCGGCUCGUUCUCAACCCUCUGCUAUGCCGUCCCUUCCUACCCAGUCUGCAACCUCUUCUUCCACCAGCUGCUUGGGCCACGAAAUAGUCCACAGACUAUCUUCCCAGGGCAGGAUACGAGCAAUGCAGUCAACCUCGCAAACCUUGUUUCCGCUGCUCCCGUAGGAAUCAACCCUGAGUGCGGGAUCCCGCGGAUGCACACCGGUUCCUCCCUGGGUAAUAUCGCCAACAUCAUUGCCUGCGGCCUGUCCAUCAUCGCCACUGCCAUGCUCAUCCUCGCUACGGGCCGAAGAAAGGCCGCGGUGGGGCGCGUCGAGCUGCGAACGUUCCUGUUCACCUACCUCCUCACCUGCAUCUUCCAGCUUCUCACCACGGGCAGUUUCUUGGAGCAGGGCAGCAUGGCGCUGGCGAUCAUAACCUCUAUCCAUCUGGGGCUUGUCGUUAUGUUGUUCUGGCAAUUGCUUUGGAAUGCACUCGUUGCGACCCAGUGGGUUGAAGAUGGUACUAUGAGCAGUCUGGUCCCCUUCACCCUCUUCUCUAUCUGUUUCUUCGUUGCAGCACUCUAUAUCUGCCUGGACACCGCAUUUGGGUUCACCCUCAUCUGGCAACCCAACAACCCGACUGACCUCGCCAAUCUGGAGAACAUAACUCUUUUCGUUUUCCUUGACAUAUGGCCUCCCGCCGCAGCCUUUAUAUUCUUCGUUGUCAUGGCCUGUAUCGUCAUGUGCAUCCUGCGGGAAGUGAAGCCCGUGCUCAUGUACCUUCUCACUGCCGUGCUCUUCGUUCUCAGCCAACUGGCCUACUUCCUCCUCAAUAGGAUCAUAUGCGAGCGCACCAGCGCAAAGAUUGACGGGAGCUUUGUGGCCACUAUUUUAGAGACGCUGGCCGUAUAUGCGCUCUGGGGUGCAUGGCGGUCAAUAACAGAAGAUUCCUGGGAAGAACCGUGGUACGACUAAUCCGCGUGCCGUUUACCCUUCAACCGUGUAUAUCUAUGUCAUCCUUAC